AUGUCUGACAAGAAAGUCUCCAGGCCUUGCCAUCACUGCAAGAGCAGGUCAGCAUCAGCCCCAACAGACACCUCCAAGAUCCACUAUGAGAAGUUCUGGCUGUACCGUCACUGCUCUUCGGUGCAGCAGAGGGACCGGCAAGCUCAGAAGGCUGGGCAACUCUUCUCAGGGCUGCUGGCCAUGAAUGUGGUGUUUCUGGGCAGUGCUUUCAUCAGCAGCAUGAUCUUCAACAAGGUGGCCAUCACUCUGGCAGAUGUCUGGAUCCUGCUCUCCAUCCUCAAGGUCCUGUGCCUGUUCUGGAUUAUUUACUACCUGCUGGGCACCAGCCGGCAGCCACACGCGGUGCUCUACCGGGACUCCCACGCUGGAGCCAUCUGGAUUAGGGGGUCAGUGCUGCUGUUUGGCAGUUGCAGCAUCCUCCUGAAUGUGUUUCACAUUGGCUACAGCACAAUCCUCAUCCACUGCAAAUCCAGGGUGGAAAUCUUGUUCCCCAGCAUUGGAAUCCUUUUUAUUUGCACUCAGGCUUACUUUCUGUGGAAUCACUCUAAGGACUGCAUUCAAGUCCAGCACAACUUCACCAGGUGUGGGCUGAUGCUGACCAUAGCCACCAACCUUCUCCUCUGGCUCCUGGCCGUGACCAACGACACCCUGCACAUGGAGAUCGAGUCUCAGCUGCGCGAGGUGGAGCAGCGAUUCGCAGGCAACGAGACUACCUCGUGCACAUGCCCAAACACAACCAUCUGCAAAGUCUUCCAGGAGGGCUACAUCCUGCUCUACCCCUUCAACACCGAGUACUGCCUGAUCUGCUGCUCCGUGCUCUAUGUCAUGUGGAAGAACGUGGGGAGACACAUCAGCCACCACCACAUCCCGCACACCAAGCCCAAAUUCAAGCUCCAGGGGGUGGUCUUUGGGCCACUGCUGGGCACCAGUGCUAUAAUCAUAGGGGCCUGUGUCUUCAUGAUGUACCAGAUCCAGGCCACCAGCUUGGUCCCCAGCCGCCAGGUCUUUGUGAUCUACUAUUCCUACUAUAUUGUGCUCCUGCCCCUGAUGAGUGUUGGUGCCGUGAUUGGGACAAUCAUCCAUGCCUUGGAAAAAAAGGAGCUGGACACACUGAAGAACCCAACCCGCAGCCUGGACGUGGUCCUGCUGAUGGGGGCAGCCCUUGGCCAAAUCGGCAUGUCUUACUUCUCCAUUGUGGCCCUGGUGGCCACUGACCCCAGGGACCUGCUGAACAGCCUCAACUUGUCCUACUCUGUCCUCCUCAUCUUUCAGAACAUCACCCAAAAUGUUUUUGUCAUCGAUGGGCUCCACCGGCGGCGCGUUGUAGCAGAAAAUGAGGCCAAACAUGCCAGACACACCGGGCAGCACACGGUGGGUGCAGAGCUGCCUGGGGAAGAGGACACCACGCUGAGCAGCAAACAGGAGUACAGCCAGCCACUUCCUGGCAAGGAGGAAGACACUAAAGAAGAGCAGAAUCAUGAAGCCCACAGCCAAAGACGAGUGAGCGUGCUGGAGCUGGGACAGGAGAUCCGGAAAGCUUCCUUGUCCUACAUCCAUACCUAUUCUCACCUGAGCUGGAAGAGAAGAGUCUUGAGGGAGAUCUCGUUCUUCUUGAUUUUGUGCAACAUCAUACUGUGGGUCAUGCCCACAUUUGGGGCUCACCCUAUAUUCGAGAAUGGAAUGGAAAGGUCAUUUUAUGGCUACUCCACCUGGUUUGUGAUCGUGAACUUCGGACUCCCCUUGGGUGUGUUUUACCGCAUGCACUCGGUCGGGGGGCUCCUGGAGGUCUAUGUAACAGCCUAAGCCAAGGGGCU